AUGGCCUCCGCCCGCUGCUCCCCGUCGAUCUCCGCGCGCUGCCGCCCCACCUUCCCGGCCAUCCCCUCCACGCGCUGUCGCCCCACCUCGCCUUCCCCGCGCAACGCCGCUGCCCUCCCUACCUUCCCCGUGCGAUUCCGCCGCCCCACCGCGCCCCCAACCGGCGCUACAACCCCGGCGCCGCCCGGCCCCCACCUGCCCCAACUGGCGAGGCCGCCAUCGCCUUGCCCCAAUCGGCACCGCCGCCGCAGCCCCACCCCAACCUUGCGCAUCGCCAACGGCCGCACCACAUCGCCGGUGCCGGAGGACAGCACGACGCCUUCACCUCCUCCGUCGACGGAGGCCACCGACCACCGGCUCUCGCAGCGCCUCACUCCCACGGCAUGUCUCCACGUGCAGCAACAUCAGCAUUCCUUUCUCGCGACUGUUUUCUUUUCUGAAUUUUUGCUAGUACGGACACCCACAGAGGAAGAGAAGCACCUCUGA